UGUCUGUCUGAGUGCUUUUCAGCCUCCUCGAUCUGCUGAAUUGCGUAGCCCAGGUUUCUAGCUUCCUCCUUCCAGGCCCCUAGACCUGGGAGUAAGGGCUGCUCGCCCCACCCCACCACAGGCCCUGCCAGGACCUGGGACAGGGAUGACCAGCCCUUCCCCAGAACCCCUAUUCCCUUACCCCAGGGCUGUUCUUGCUUCCUGAUGGGGAAGGGAACAGAUAAUCAGACCCAAGAAGCUUUCAUCCCACCCCACCCCGACUGGGCUGAGGGCAGUUUUUCUGAAGAAGCAACAUUUUAGGGACAGGUGGUAGUAUUUGGAGGACAGUCUUUAAGGACCUCUUAAGUAUCUUUGUCCAUUAACACAGUCUACAGCCCUGCCAAGACCUGGAAUGGUUUGGUACCUAGUUUUGAGGACCUCACCUCGCCAUGCAUAUCUGCCCAUCAAUAUUUCCUAGGGUAGAGAUGACUCUUUUGGGGAGGGGGCACAGGGAAACAGUGCCCCUUUUGCCACCAUAACCUUUCCCAGCAAGUCUAUGACAGGGCAAGAUUGGAAACCAGGAGUCCUAACUGUGGAUGACCAGCCAGAGAAUAUGAUCCUGCCUCUGAGAUCAACAUGUGGUCAAUCUAGGGCACUGUGCCCUUUGGAGACACCUCACAUCCCACCCACCUUGCUUCCUUGCCUGGACUCCCCCCUUUCCAGGAAGCUGCCCAAGCCACAGGGCUCGGAGACUGAGCUUUUGACCUCCCCAUGUCCCGGCCAGGAUGCUGUCCAAGGUAUCCCUGGUGGGGGUAGCUGUGCUCUCCAGGCUGGUGCUGCAGCUGCCAUGGACACAGGUGGGCCUCUCUGUGCUCUGUUUCUACCUUGCCUUUGGGGGCUGGAGGUUCAUCAGGAUCAUUUGGAAGACUCUUGGGCGUGAUAUCUUUGCGGGGAUUGUCCUGUUGAAGGUAAAGCGGAAGGUGAGGAAAUACCUCUGGGAGCGCCAGACAGUACCUACAAUCUUUGCUUCCAUCCUGAAGCGCCACCCAGACAAGACAGCCCUGAUAUUCGAAGGCACGAAUACCCACUGGACUUUCCACCAGCUGGACACCUACUCCAGUGCAGUUGGCAACCUGUUGCAAGGACGGGGCCUGGCUUCUGGUGAUGUGGUGGCUCUCUUCAUGGAGAACCGAAAUGAGUUCGUGGGGCUCUGGCUGGGCAUGGCCAAGCUGGGGGUGGAGGCAGCCCUCAUCAACACUAAUCUGCGGCGGGAUGCCCUUCGCCACUGCCUGACUACCUCUCAGGCCCGCAUCCUCAUCUUUGGCAGCGAGCUGUCUUCUGCUGUCUGUGAAAUCCACAGCACUCUGGACUCCUCCUUGAGUCUCCUCUGCUCAGGAGACUGGGACCCCAGCUCUGUGCCAGCAGGAGCUGAACACCUGGAACCCCUUCUGGAGGAAUCCCCCAAGAGCCUGCCCAAUCAACCAGACAAAGGCUUCACUGACAAGCUUUUCUACAUCUACACAUCCGGUACCACGGGAAUGCCCAAAGCCGCCAUCGUGGUGCACAGCAGGUAUUACCGGAUGGCUGCCCUGGUCUACUAUGGCUUCCGAAUGCGUUCUAGCGACAUUGUAUAUGACUGCCUCCCCCUUUACCACUCAGCAGGUAACAUUGUGGGGGUUGGACAGUGUCUGCUACACGGGAUGACUGUGGUGAUCCGAAAGAAAUUCUCUGCCUCUCGAUUCUGGGAUGACUGCAUCAAGUAUAACUGUACGAUUGUCCAGUAUAUUGGAGAGCUCUGUCGCUACCUUCUGAACCAACCUCCAAGAGAAGUGGAGACCCAGCACUCAGUGCGCAUGGCCCUAGGCAAUGGGCUUCGGCAGUCUAUCUGGACCGAAUUCAUCAAUCGUUUCCACAUCCCUCAGGUGGCCGAGUUCUAUGGGGCCACUGAAUGCAACUGCAGCGUGGGCAACUUUGAUAGCCAGGUGGGGGCCUGUGGCUUCAACAGCCGCAUCAUAUCUUUUGUCUAUCCCAUCCGGCUCGUGCAGGUGAACGAGGACACCAUGGAGUUGAUCAGGGAUAACAAUGGCAUCUGCCUUCCCUGUGGUCCAGGGGAGCCGGGCCAGCUCGUUGGCCGAAUCGUGCAGCAUGACCCGCUUCGACGCUUUGAUGGAUACAUCAAUCCUGGCGCCAAUGAUAAGAAGAUUGCCUAUGAUGUCUUCAAGAAGGGAGACAUGGCCUACCUCAGUGGUGAUGUGCUGGUGAUGGAUGAAUUGGGCUACCUGUAUUUCCGGGACCGAACAGGUGACACAUUCCGGUGGAAAGGAGAGAAUGUAUCCACUACAGAAGUGGAGGGGACCCUGAGCCGACUCUUAGGCAUGGUUGAUGUGGCUGUGUAUGGUGUGGAGGUGCCAGGUAUUGAGGGCCGGGCAGGGAUGGCUUCAAUAGCGGACCCCAAAGGUAGCUGUGACCUGACAGAAUUUGCCAAAGCACUGGAGAAGGAACUCCCACUCUAUGCCCGCCCCAUCUUCCUGCGCUUCCUGCCUGAGCUCCAUAAAACAGGGACCUACAAAUUCCAGAAGACAGAAUUACGGAAAGAGGGCUUCAACCCAGCUUUGGUGAAGAACCCCCUUUUCUACCUGGACACCCGGCUCUGUCGCUAUCUUCCCCUGGACUCCAAGGCUUAUAUCCGUAUCCAGGCUGGGGAAGAGAAGCUGUGAUUGUCUCCAUCCCUGCUCCCACUCCAAGGGCUGGACUGAGUCAGGGGCUGAGCCCCUGGAGGGUUCUUGGGGAACAGGGAAUGGUGUCAGACCAAAGUAGGCAGUGGUAAGGGCCAUUCCCCCUCCUCCAGAAUGCUGACUGGGGUGGAGGGAGGGAAGCCAGUGGACACCUCUGCUCAGAAAUUGCCAAGUGACUUUACUGCCAUCUUCCUCUACCCCCCACAUUAGAGGUUUUCCAUGAAAGCCUUGUGUCUGGGGAGCUGGAAGGCUUAGGGUAGGAUGAGUUCAAUCCUUCAUUUUGUCUCCAUACCCCAGAGAGCAGAGACUGACUGAGCACACUCAGGGUGAUGUCUUGGGGCGGGGGGAGGGGCAUGCACACAGGGGGAGAAGGUUGAGAGGGGAGUUCACUAAUUGAGGUUCUUGCUGUCUCACACUCCCUGUACCUUGCCAAGAGGUGAGGACCUUGGAUUCAGGAAGACAACCAGAGGACAGAGGAACUACUCACCCCCUUUUUUUUUUUGGCCAAGAGGAUUUAGGAUAAAGGUUCUAUUUCUCUUUGAGUUAUGGCUGCUAUCUAAGCUACUAUGUGACUUCUUUGGUAUAGACAAAGGAGGGUAGUAGCUACAAGGGGUCACUCUCCAUAGUAAAGAGUUGCUAGCUCCAAGAGCCACCAGAGCCCUGCCCAGGCCCUGAGCUAGGUUGUGCCGAACAGCCAUCCCCUUCCUCCGCACACCCACCAGUUGUUUACCUUUCCUUGGCCAAGGCUUUUUCAGUGGGGUCUUCUUUGGCCUUGUAGAUAAUUCCAAAGCUUCUCAGGAUCAUUGCAGAGAGAGGGAGAGGCUGGCUCCGUUGCAGGAGCUGCCUUUCCCAUCUCCUGCUCCUGCAGCCUCUCCCUCCCCUCAGGAUUAGUUUGUGUUUCUGUCUCCAUUUCUCCCUCACACCCCUUGGCCUGGCUCAUACCUCUUUCUGUGGGAGAGCAUGGGGAUGGGGUGUCUAUGGCAAAUAAAUUCAGACUUGACUUCCUCUUCCCACUUAA